GAGAGCAACGCCGCGGCAGCUGGAGCAGCGCAGGGCGCAGCCGGCGAGGGGGAGGAGACGGCCGAGAAGCGCAAGGGCAACACCCCAGCCAGGAAGGAGGCGAUGGAGCUCGUGAAGCAAGUGAAGGCAGCGGUAUCUCGUCACGCUUCGGUGACUGCCCAGGCCAGUACGCUCAUCCACCAGAUCGACAACUCCAAGGACUGGGAAUGGGCCAAGCAGGACGCGUUCAGCAAGCUCUUGAGGGACACGUACAACGACCUGAGCGAGCGCGUGUCCAGCAACCCGAACAUGGCGAUGGCUCUGACGAAGGACGUGGCCCAGCUGAGGAAGGCCUUGAACGACGUCGAGUUCGCCAAGCUCGCGAAGGACUUCAGCCACCUGAACCAGGCGUACGAGACGGUCGAGCAGCAGGUGGGCAUCCUCAUCGGCUUCGACAAUGUUCGGAAGCACGGCAAGGACGGUGCCGCGGCCCCCAAGGCCAAGGCCAAGUCGAAG